AGCUUUUUUUUCCCCCGACAUCUUAGGGAGGCUGCAGUGGUCGUCGCCACUCUCCGAACUUCAUCAUGCCGCCCAAGGAUGACAAGAAGAAGAAAGAUGCCGGAAAGUCGGCCAAAAAAGACAAAGACCCAGUAAAUAAGUCCGGUGGCAAGGCCAAAAAGAAGAAGUGGUCCAAAGGCAAAGUUCGGGACAAGCUCAACAAUCUAGUCCUGUUUGACAAGGCUACAUACGACAAACUCUGUAAGGAAGUGCCCAACUAUAAACUUAUUACUCCAGCCGUGGUCUCUGAGAGACUGAAGAUUCGCGGUUCCUUGGCCAGGGCAGCUCUUCAGGAGCUCCUUAGUAAAGGGCUUAUCAAGCUGGUUUCAAAGCACAGAGCCCAAGUAAUUUACACCAGAAACACAAAGGGUGGAGAUGCCCCAGCUGCUGGUGAAGAUGCAUGAACAGGUUCAAUCAGCUGUACUUUUGGAAAAAUAAAACUUUAUUAAAUCAAAAAAAAAAAAAAAA